CUCUCAUGUUUUCAACUCACGCCCAACACACUCUAUCUUCCUUCUUUCUAAACAAGUUUUGUAUUACCGUAUUUCUCUUGUUCUCUCUUUCCAAUCACACCAAAAUCUUGUGUUUCUAAUUUCUCAUUCUCAUUUCAUAACAAACAUACACACACACACACACACCAUGCCUGAGGCACCUAAAGACUACAACCUUGUUGAACAGAACAAAAAAAUCCUCGAGUUCAUUGAGGAUGUUACUUUAAACGCUGACCAAGUCCAACAAAAAGUCCUCUCAGAAAUCCUCUCUCGCAAUGCUAACGUUGAGUAUCUUAAACGAUAUGGUCUCAAUGGUCACACAGACCGUGACACCUUCAAAAAAAUCUUGCCUGUUAUUUCCUAUGAAGAUAUUCAAACUGAUAUCAACCGCAUCGCCAAUGGUGACACCUCACCAAUCCUUUGCUCCAAACCCAUUUCUGAAUUUCUCACUAGUUCUGGGACUUCAGGAGGUGAGAGAAAGCUGAUGCCAACAAUUGAAGAAGAGUUGGCGAGAAGGAGUUUGUUGUAUAGUUUAUUGAUGCCAGUGAUGAGCCAGUUUGUUCCUGGUUUAGAAAAAGGGAAAGGAAUGUACCUAAUGUUUAUAAAAUCUGAGGCUAAAACACCUGGAGGUAUUGUAGCUAGGCCAGUUUUAACUAGCUAUUACAAAAGUUCCCAUUUUAGAGAUAGACCUUAUGACCCUUACACAAACUACACUAGCCCAAAUGAAACUGUCCUCUGUCCUGAUUCCUACCAAAGCAUGUAUUCACAACUGCUUUGUGGUCUUUGUCAAAACAAAGAGGUUUUAAGGGUUGGUGCUGUUUUUGCCUCUGGUUUCAUAAGGGCUAUUAGGUUCCUUGAAAAACAUUGGACUCUUCUUGUCAAUGAUAUUAGAACAGGUACUGUUAACCCUUUAAUCACUGAUUCUUCAGUGAGAGAUUCUGUUAUGAAGAUCCUUAAACCUGAUCCUAAACUUGCUGAUUUUAUUCAAACUGAGUGUAGUGAGAGUUCUUGGCAGGGGAUAAUUACUAGGUUGUGGCCUAAUACUAAGUAUGUUGAUGUUAUUGUGACAGGAACAAUGUCACAGUAUAUUCCUAUAUUGGAUCAUUAUAGUAAUGGAUUACCACUUGUUUGUACUAUGUAUGCUUCUAGUGAAUGUUACUUUGGUGUUAACCUUAACCCUCUUUGUCAACCUAGUGAAGUUUCUUAUACACUUAUACCUACCAUGUGUUACUUUGAGUUUUUACCUGUUAAUAGAAGUAAUGGUGUCACUGAUUCUCUUCAUACACCUAGAUCACUUAAUGAGAAAGAGCAACAAGAGUUGGUUGAACUUGUUGAUGUCAAACUUGGUCAAGAAUAUGAACUUGUUGUCACUACUUAUGCUGGACUAUAUCGUUAUCGGGUAGGCGAUGUGCUGAAAGUAGCAGGAUUCAAGAACAAAGCACCACAAUUCAACUUUGUAUGCAGAAAAAACGUUGUGUUAAGCAUUGAUUCAGACAAAACUGAUGAAGUUGAGCUUCAAAAUGCAAUGUCAAAUGCAAUGACACAUUUAGUACCCUUCGACGCAACCGUUUCAGAAUACACAAGCUAUGCAGACACCACAACAAUCCCAGGCCACUAUGUCCUAUACUGGGAACUCACCUUAAACGGAUCAACACCAAUUCCACCUUGUGUUUUUGAAGAUUGCUGCCUAACAAUAGAAGAGUCUCUCAACAGCGUUUAUCGACAAGGCCGCGUCUCAGACAAAUCAAUAGGUCCACUUGAGAUAAAGAUUGUGGAACAGGGCACAUUUGAUAAGCUUAUGGAUUAUGCAAUUAGUUUAGGUGCAUCAAUAAAUCAGUACAAGACACCAAGGUGUGUGAAGUUUGCACCUGUUGUUGAGCUCUUGAACUCAAGGGUAAUGUCAAGCUAUUUUAGUCCUAAGUGUCCAAAAUGGGUUCCUGGUCACAAACAAUGGAUCAAUCAGAAUUGAAUAAUCAUAAGAAUCUUAAAAAGGGUCUCUACAUUAUUAUUAUUAUGUGGUUGGUAGCUUUUCAUUAAGGUUCAUGUGAACUGUUUUUAUGGAAAUUAUGUUAGUGAGAAGAAGAAAAUUUAAUUACUCUUUUUUAGGUUAAUUUUCAUGUCUAAACUCUUGUUAAUUUAGUUUCUUUCUUCUCUCUCACUUUUUUUUUUAGUUUUUGUUAUGAGUAACUUGGAUAGUGAACUGAACCUAGCCACUGUAAAAAGCAAUUCCUGUUUGAAAGAAAGCUGUUUUGCCUUUCUUUUUUAUUAGUAUAAAGUAAAUGAGCAUUUUUAUUUUUA